UUUGACUUCCUAUGACAACAGGAGAACAGUUUUUAAUGAACAGUCACAUAUACAGGAUAUAUAUACAGUUAUAGAUAAAUAAUAAUAAAUACAGAUGAUAACAGGAGAACUGUUUUUAAUGAACAGCUGAUUUCAGACCCGGUGGGUGUGUAAUAAACUGUCUCUCAGGUCAAAGGUUGAAUCUCUUCUCUUCUGUCUCCAUUUUAAAGUUUUUUUUUCUCUAAUUUUCUCUCAGGUCGUGAAAAUAACUCGGAGGGUUUCUCCAACACUCACACAGGCUCCUGUCAGCUCCUCUCUGAUUGGUUGACCCACAUUCUGAGUGUGUUUCCCGGCCUCUGAUUGGCUGACAGGGUUUGUUUUGCACUCUCAGACUUCCUCCUCUCCGUGUUUUUAUAAACAAACCUCAUUUUUCUCCCGCCGGUUCCGAAGUUCGGUCCUCCUGCUCUCAGCCGGACAGCUCGGCCGGAUCUGAGCUCGUGUUUUAGUCCACGGUACCGGUCCAGUGAAGGUUUAUUCUCGUGUUUUUGUUAAUAAAGAGGAGGAGGAGUCCGUCUUAUUGUCCGAACCGCCGCUGUGAGCGCGUGGCCGACUGUCGGAUCGAACCGACCUGCCGAUUAUUGAGCCGAUUUUACCCGAAGUUUCUGAGCUGACAGCUGGAUUGGACCGUUUUCUACCCUCCUGAGAUCUUCGGUGUGUUCAGGUGAGUCAGUAAUGAUGAGAUUAUUGAUUACUGAUCAGAUUAUUCUGCUGUUUGGGAUGGUAGCAGCUAACCCGCUAGGCUAACCGCAGCAGACUCGGUCCGACCUGAAGAUACCUGAGAGUUUUUACAGGUAACAGGUCAGUCAGGAGGUUCUGGUCCGAGUUUAGUGACCAUAAACAGGGUUCGGUUCGGCAGGAGUGUCGCAGCUCUCUGAUUAUUUAACAGAUUAACAGCAAAUGAGGACGGAGGGGCGUUCACGGACUCCUGCAGGCUCGGAUUUUUCAGUUCUGGAGCUCACUUUGACCUUCUUCAGAACCAGAACCAGAACCGCCUUCAUUGUCAUUAUACUCAGUACAACGAGAUUUUAGAGCCGCUGCCUUUGGUGCAAAAUUAUUUAAAUAAAAAACACAAAGAUAAGAAAUGAGAGAGACAGUAAUAUAGACAGGACAUAUAAAUACAGAUAGAUAUAUAUCUACAGUAAUUUAUACAGAUAUAUACAGUAAUGUUUAGAGGGUAUGAUAUGAAAACCCGAUUCUUGCACAGUGAAGCUCAGUUUUAUUGCACAGAUCAAUGAUUCAUUUAUUGCACUGUGAUCAAUAUGAUCAAUAUAUCAGUAUAUAUGAUGGUCGGGUUUAUAUGUUACAUUGGUAUAAAGUAAAGGCAGUUACUGAAGUGUUUUAUUUCUAUCAUCUAAAGAUAAAAUCGUUUUACAUUAGAAGUAAAAAGUGAUUUUAACCAAAAUUAUAUAAAAUAUAAAGAAUAAAAGAACAACUGGAGUUAAAGUGUCAAAGUCAUGAAUUAAAGAACAAAUCUCUAACAGACAAGAAAAUAUUAAAAUUAAAUUAGAAAUCAGGACAAAAGUAACUGAUGAUUAUUGGAGAAAAAUCAGCUUGAAAGGCUGUUUUUAAUUUAUAUUUAUUAUUAUGUUUGUUUGGUUUAAUUAAAGGUUUGACUACAGUAUUGAUCAGUGAUCAAUAAGUAAAACAGAAACUCUGUUGUGAUUAAUUAGUUCAGUUUAGUUUUAGUAAAGUUUAGUUUAAUUUAGUUCAGUUUUAGUUUAAUUUAGUUUAGUUUAGUUUAGUAGUAUGAAAGUUGUUCAGUGAUCGAUUAUUAGAUCAAUCAGAAAUGAGCGAUCAGUAAAAACAGAAACACUCUAAACUCGUAUUAUUAUUCUGGGAUUAUAACUCAAACCUGUUCAGACAGACUGUGACGUUUUAACCUGCUGAGGUCAGACCUCACGUGGAGUUUUUCCCUCUGAAAUCACGUUUUCCGAUGAUUCCAGCAGCACCUGAACGCAGCACGUCUCAACCAAACUAAUAUAGAGCAGGAAGGUAAACUGCAGGUGAACCCUGAACUCUCACCUGUCCGCAGGUAGACCCGUCAGCUGCUAAUACUAACACUAAUAAUAAUAAUAAUAAUAAUAAUAAUAAUAAUAGAUAAAGUAUCAAUGAUCCUGAUAUGAUAAUAGUUUAAUAACAUUGAAAAGACAACAUUUGAACUCUCAGAUUGAUGUUAAUCUGCUGAAUUAUCUGAAUCUUCUCUGACUGAGUGAAUCUAAAGUAAAAUACAGAGAAUGAAGUUCAGCUCAGAGAAACUCAGAUAUUCUCCCUUCAUCACCGUCCACACUGACUCACUUGUUUAUGGAAGUAAAAAGGCUCCACAUGUUAAAAUUAUGAAAGUCUCUGGAUUAUUCUGAGGCUCAGAGGAUUAGAGGAAAUCUUUGGCAGCAGGAUUUCUGCCUGGAGGGUUUACGUGGACUUGGACUUUGUCUCGGAGUUUAGUGGCUCAGAAAGAAACAGAAAUAAAAAAAUUAAAGUGAGAGAAAAAAAACAACAACAGAAGAGCUGAAUCAGCAAAAACACGAACGACCAAAAACUGAGAUUAACCAGAAUAAAGAGACAGAUUAUAAAUGUUUUCUUCAGUUAUAAUCAGAAACUCGGUCAGCUGACAGAGUUUCUGGACGUUCACCAUGAGAACGUUUCAGCUCUUCAUCUCUCAGUCCACUUGACCUGAUGCUCUCAGGGUGCGCCUCACGCACAGACGCCUCAGCCGCCGUCUCAGAGGUUGCAGGUUUAACUCCCACCCUCCCUGUUUGUCCCCCACUCUCUCUUUACUCCCCCACGUCCUCUCUCUGCUCAGUAAAGGCAGAAUAAUCAAAAAUAACCUUCACAGAGAGAGAGAGAGAGAGAGAGAGGUGAGCGGCUGAGCGUGGUCGAGGGUGGCGUGGUUGAUCCACUGACUUCUUUGCCAAAGUCAACACCGUGGUGACCGAGCGCCUGUGCCCGUCACAGGUCAGGUGAUGUCAGGGGGGAUCGGCGCGGUUCAAUCACUGAUGUUGGAUUUGUCCGAGCUCUGACUCUCAGCAGAAACUCUCAGUCUGUUCACGCCGCCGUCUGACUUAUAACAGCACUUCCUCCUCCUCUUCCUCAGACAUGGUGAAGCUGACGAAGGCCAAAACCUUCCAGGCCUACCUGGACUCCUGCCACCGGCGCUACAGCUGCGUUCACUGCCGCGCCCACCUGGCCAACCAUGACGAUCUGAUCUCCAAGGUGAGUUUUCUGACCGCCGCCCUUCGCUCUCAAUGAUCCGUUCAGGCGGAUCAUAACAGCGAAACCUGGAGGCGGAGACAUUCCUGAGAGAGCGGCGAAACAGGAAAAACGAGAGAGAGAGAGAGAGAGAGAGGGAGAGAGAGAGGGAGAGAGGGAGAGAGAGAGAGAGAGGAGAGAGAGAGAGAGAGAGAGGGAGAGAGAGAGAGAGAGAGAGAGAGAGAGAGAGAGAGAGAGAGAGAGAGAGAGAGAGAGAGAGAGAGAGAGAGAGAGAGAGAGAGAGAGAGAGAGAGAGAGAGAGAGAGAGAGAGAGAGAGAGAGAGAGAGAGAGAGAGAGCGGGAGAGAGAGAGAGAGAGAGAGAGAGAGAGAGAGAGAGAGAGAGAGAGAGAUAGAUGAAACUGAUUCCUGUUGAUUUUUCUGAUUUCUAACUUCUGUCGUCUCUCUCAGUCUUUCCAGGGCAGUCAGGGCCGAGCGUACCUCUUCAACUCUGUGUGAGUAUCUCCACACAUCCAUGUGAACCUCACAGCUGCUCCUCCUCCUCCUCCUCCUCCUCCUCCUCCUCCUCUUCUUCUUCUUCUUCUUUUUCACUUCUCUGAAUCGAUCAGUCCAAGUUUCAAACUGAAUCAUCUCGUUUCUCAGACGUGUUUACAGAAACCAGAGAGUCAACAGAGAAGUGAGUUUGUUUAGAGCCGACCUUGACUUUGGCCGAGUUCACGUUAGUCUCACUCCCAGUGGGUUAGUGGGUCAGGAACACACAGACGCUCUCUCUCCCUCCCUCCCUCCCUCCCUCUCUCUCUCUCUCUCUCUCUGUCUCUCUGUCUCUCUCUCUCUCUCUCUCUCUCUCUCUCUCAGUUAAAUACUUUAAUGUCUCACUGAUUAGAUCUUUAAACUCUCCGGAGUUUCUUGGACAGAAAUCUUCUUUCUUCUUCUCUUUGUUAAAGUUCGUUCCUCUCGGUGAACCUCUCCUCUGACUGAAACUCUCUCUCUCUGUCUCUCUCUCUCUCUCUCUCUCUCUGUCUCUCUCUCCCUCUCUCUCUCUCUCUCUCUCUCUCUCUCUCUCUCAGCGUGAACAUCGGCUGUGGUCCUGCGGAGGAGAGGCUGCUGCUCACGGGUCUGCACGCCGUCGCCGACAUCUACUGUGAAAACUGUCACACUACGCUGGGCUGGAAAUAUGUAAGUCGUCUCCCCGUGAAUAAAAAGAUUAACGGGUUUAACGCCGAACCAAACAGUCGAUACGGUCCCUGCUCAGAUGCAGCUCAGGGUUUCACUCACUGAUGGUUUUAACUUCAGGAUUUUCUGCUCUCUCCAAUCCUGACGUGUUUUUUCCUGAAAAGCAGAAGCUCUCAAAGUUCUUUCUCAGCUUCUUUUUUACCAACAGCUGUUAUUUCUGUGAUCUGAGGUCCGUCUGGAGGUCCGUUUGUUCUCUGCUGAAGUGAAGCCGCCCUCAGGUUCACUCUGGUCCAGACUCUGCAGCCCUCUUUGGUCCUCUUUGGUCCUCUUUGGUCCUCUUGGUCUCCUUGUCAUGGUUCAAGAGUCCAGAGCUCAGAUCUCAGAGGGUUCUGGUUCUGGUUCUGCUUACUCAGCCUGAGUGCCCAAAGUUCAGGUGUAGCAGAGACCUGGUUCAGAGAGCAGCCCUCAGCCUGUUAUAUAACUGCUGUAACUGUUCCACAUCUGCGGCUGCAGAACCACGAAGGUGACGUGAAAAAGCUUCUUAAUGCCGAGGAGUUAAUCCUUUUAUUAUGAUGUCAGAGGAACGUUCUGAAGACUCAGUGUGGUCGAGUUUUUACAGAAAUAUAACAGGAUCCACAAAAUUCUGAGGACUGAGUUUCUGAUUUUAACUCUGAGUCUGUAACUCAGAAUCUGAACCGUCAGAAAUUGACCUUUUUAUUUAAUUAUCGUCUUUUUUCAUCAGGAGUGUGACUGCAGCGGAUCAUAAUGACUGAUAUUAGGUGUGUUUAUUUAUUAUUAAAAUUGGUCACUUUGUCCACAGGGGGCGCCAAAAACAACACAUGCCAACAUCUCCUACAGCUGCUUUAAUCUCGUCUUUGUCAAAGUUCUGAUGUUUAAAGACACAAAAAAACCGUCUCUGUCUUUCUAAAAACCGUCUCACUGGUUUAAACAUUUAAUUAGUAUUUUCAGUUUCAUUAAAGUCAUGUGACCCAGAUCACCAAUAGAAACAGUGUUGGAGGUUCAGCAGGUGGUCUGAGUCCUGACCUGAGUCCACAGGUCUCCUCCUCCUCUCUGCGUUAAAAAAACUGAAUCUGACCUGUAUGUCUCUGCCCCCCCCCCUCUGCAGGAGCAGGCCUUCGAGCUGAGUCAGAAGUACAAGGAGGGGAAGUACAUCAUCGAGCUGUCCCACAUGAUAAAGGACAACGGCUGGGACUGAGAGGGAACUCUUCGUCUUUCUCCAUGACUUUUUCACAAGUUGCAUCCUGCUCGUCUUCAAAGGGUUCCAGUGUAGCUUCUUCAUCCCGCCGCCUGCGUGCGAUCAGCCAUCGCUGCGCCACACUUUCACUUCGUACGGCUUUGCCAAGAAUAGCAUGUGAUGCCUUAUCUUCUGUUCUUCAUGUUCUUCCAGUGAUCACAACCACACGUCUGCUGAGGUCUCUAUCCCGAGGGUCGUUGUGCUGGGACAUGGACUGAGUGAGUGAGAGGUUUGAGAGUGAGAGCCUGGGAGUCACACAGACACACACCUGUGUGUGUGUUUGUGUGUGUGAGUGUGUGUGUGUGUGCUGGAUUUUUAAAUGUUUGCGUCAUGAAACCCUUAUACUGACCACAGGAUGGCCUCGCUCCUUGGGGGCGGGGCCAAUAAUCUGACCCAACAGAUUGGACGGGGAUGUUUGGGUUCCUUUGGAGAGUAAGCUGCACCUUUAGACACACCUGUCCCAGCCUGAGUAUGUAGGCCUGUUUAACCUGUAGAUCAUUUCUGAGGGAUUCAGAGGUUUGGGAACGCUUCGAGCAGUGGGCGGGGCUUAUUUUUUUUAUCAGUGAAUUCAUGUUUUUUAUAUGAGAGCAGUAUCUGUCGUUCUAUCUUUGCCAAAUGCAAUCAGGAUGUUGAAUUAGACGCUAAAACCUGCAAAAGUUCUGAAAUUCAGAGAGAGUCUGCCUGUAUGCACUGUUUUACCGUGUGUGUGUGUGUGUGCGUGCGUGCGUGCGUGUGCAUGUGUGCAUGUGUGUGUGCGUGCUGAGAUCCUUUGAGAUGCUUUAGCCCGGGUUCACAGUUUGGGACGUGUGUUUUCCGCUCUGUCUUCAUGCUGAUGAGAUGGUUCAUGUGUUUGUGUACAGCCUUACACCGAGCCGCCCUUACACACACAGUUACUCAUUCGUGUUAGAGCAAAGUGUGAUUAGGAUUAUUAUGUAGCAUAUUUAUGGUGAUUUUUAAUGUCUGCUUCUGUCAUUAAAGUGUAUUAUUUUAACCUGAACUUUCAUUAAAAUGCAGUGUGUCUCAAA